AUGCUGACCAUUCUCGUCAUCUGUCUCCUGUUCCAGUUAUUCUCAACCAGCUAUGGAUGUAUGAGUAUGACCCCCACGCCUGAUACCUCUCUAGCUCGUUCUCCAAAUCGAAAUCCCGAUGAAACGCAUUCAUCUGCUCAGAACUGGCGAUCACAAGCUAUUGUACAUGUACCUGCACGUUUGUCCACAUCAAAGUCGCAACUGCUGAAACCGCCUCCCCCACGUCCAAAAUCACUGCAUGCCCGCUUAUUCACACGAGAUCCCUAUGCAGGCAAGAGACAACGAUCACGAGCCCUUGCUCCGAGUCAGAGCUCACUAGCUUCGAAGGCACUCAUAGCUGAAGACAAGGUCGUCCUAGCCAAGGUGUCCGCUGUACCUCUCUCAAAACCAGACGAAAUGCUCUCCGACUGGGCGACUUCAGAAGCCAGAAAGAAUUCUACUCACAAUCAGGAUUUGAUCGACUCCGACGAAGCUAGUGGACAACAGACAUCAUUCAUGGAACAAACGGAAAUGACUACUUUGCCGGAAAAUCCUAUGGAUGACCAUCAACAAAAUAUCUGCGAACUCUGUCCUCCACUUUUCAUGAAAGUGCUGGAUAAAUCUCGCGAAGACAAACACUACUGCCUCAACUGGAAAUCCAUAAAGGAAUCUUUCAAUAUCGUCGCGUCCUCAACGCUUCCUAGAGUUCACGAUCUGAACACUACGGUCGCAUGCACUCGGAUUGUCACAUGCGAAGAACCCUUUGUGCUUGUGCGAUGGCACAACUCAACCAUAUGUGAUAUGCAUUCGCUAAGCUAUGGUUUGGACAGCAAAUUGCCAUCAUCAUUCUCAUACAAAUGCAAUGGAACGUCAUGGUCCUUACACAAUUUCCCAAUUGACAGUAUCGCAUGUGCUAGUAAAGUGUUACCAUAA